GAAGAGGAGGAAGGGGGAGUCGCUCGGCCGUCUCCCGCGGCCCAUGGCCGGGCACAGCGCUCUCCCGCCCGGCGCCGCCGUCCUCGGGGAAAGCGGGGAGCCUCCCUGGGCAGGCCUUGUCGGUGGGCUGCCUGGCAACCUCGGGGAAGGAGCCAACCCCUUUUCCUUUAAGGCCUUCGUGAGGAGUCAGGAGCAGAAGGCAUCCAUACCCUCCAAGAAUGGCAGCCCCGAGGGACCAUUGAGGCCCUGCCUCCUGCUGGAUGAGAGCUCCUUGGCCGGGUCGCUGGGGUUGAACGAGGAUUUGCGAGAGCCAUUUUUUGCAGACCCAACUGCCUUGGACUCCUUGCUGCAAGAUGACGAGGACGACUGGAGCGGCUCGUAUCAGCCCUCAGCUGUCGAAGAAGCCCACUUUGUCAGAGCCCCCAGCGUCUCGCUCAGCAGCAGCCCUUUAGACUCUUUCUAUUGCAAUGUCUCGGACCUCCAGACCUCCUCCCCAGAGCAGCCGGGAAGAAAUGACCACGUCUCCUGUAGCCGUCUUGGGAAAGGGGACCAGAGCUCGUCUAGUGAUCAGAUGUCCCCAGAAGAUGGUUUCUGCCGACUGUUGCAGCUGCGUUACCAAGAACUGAAAGAAGAAAAUUCCAAGUUAAGAAGAACACUAAGCCAAACUCAAGCUGUUGCUGAAUCUCAGGCGGAAAGAAUAAGGCACCUGGAAAGGACUUUAGAGAAGAGCAAACGGAAAGAGGAGAAGGAGGCUCGCGAGUUGGAGGCCAUGGUGCAGCAAGUGGAAGAGAAUCUGCAGUUAAUGACGAAACGGGCCGUGAAAGCCGAAAACAGCGUCAUUAAGUUGAAGCAGGAAAACACGCACCUUCAGGUUCAGAUGGAAAGCUACAAAUCCGAGAACAAAGCCUUAAAGUCUGGCCAUCUACAAAAGCUGACUGCAGUCAAGCAAAACGCAGAUGUUGCCUUGCAGAAUCUCCUGGCUGUGAUAACAAGAUCUAAGUCAUCAAUAAAGCAGCUCAUUUCUGGUGCAGAAGAUCUGCAGCUUGUGGCUGACCUUCUGAAGUCUCUAGACAAAAUAUCUGAGAUGCCAUCACAAGGAACCCCCUGAGAAUCUUAUUACCUCUCGUUCUUGGAGAAAACGAAGAUUGGAUUUUUUUAAUGGUUUUGUGCUGUGAUCUUUCACUUCUGAGACUGUGAAGAAGGUUGCAGCUCUUGGUUAUUACAUCUGGA